GUGAAUGAAGACGCAGUAGCGUGAGCGUGUGGCAUGUGCAGCUUACCUGAAAGGGUCCUGUGCGGUCUGGACAACAGGUGUUGGGGAGAGAAUUGAAGGACGGAUAGAAGGACGGACGAGAAACGACUGAGGUGUUCCCCUUCUGGCGCGAGGUGCACUGAGGGAGAUUUUGGCCGCAACCAUCAGUCUUUCAGAGCGUAGUGGUGAUCCUCCUGUGGCUGUUGGUGUUGGACGAAUGUGUGACUGCUCUAAGCCUACGUAAUUAUAGCGUGACGGGUUUUCUUUCUGUGCGCCUGGGAGAGAGAGAGUGGUGCUCGUCAAGCUUUCAACACGCUACACAAGCUACGGAUAUGGCGGCGGCGUCCUUGUCUGCUCCCGCAGGCCAAUUGUACGUCGCUGUCUCUGGUUCGUCCAYUUCGUCAUUACGCCAUGAUUCUUSCCCUUCGUCCUGCGCCGCGACGAUGGCCACUUGUCACGACGUGUGCCCAGCCCGUGUUUCGCCUCUCUCUUCUGACGUCGAUGCCCGGAGCCCAURCAGGAUCGCSUUGCCUGGUCUGAACGCAUUCMAUGGCCUGCGCUGYUGCAAAGGUUAUCUUGUGUCUCCUCUUGGCGGCACGAGAAGCCUGUCCUUUGCAGAGCRGAYGGAKUCGCUGCGUYGCCCCUCGACAAYGCGUCCCAGCAGAGGGGUUGUCUCUUGCGAGACGGGGAUGAAGCUCGUGUUUGUCUCGGCUGAGGUAGGACCCUGGAGCAAGACGGGUGGCCUCGGCGAUGUAUUGGCUGGAUUGCCGGCCGCGCUUGUUGCYCGUGGCCAUCGGGUGAUGACGGUGGCUCCUCGCUAUGAUCAGUACAGGGACGCUUGGGACACCGAUGUCACGGCGGACGUUGUGGUGGGUGGGAGGACCGAGACYGUGCGGUUCUUCCACUGCCGUAAACGUGGGGUCGACCGAGUUUUCGUGGACCAUCCUCUCUUCCUCGCCAAGGUAUGGGGCAAAACGGGCAGCAAGAUCUACGGAGAGACAACUGGCAAAGAUUACCCCGACAAUCAGCURCGCUUCAGUCUGUUCAAUCAGGCGGCCAUUGAGGCUGUACGAGUCCUCACCUUCAACGACAGCAGCAACCCUCGCUUCCAGGGUCCCUAUGGYGAGGAUGUGAUCUUUGUGGCGAAUGACUGGCACAGCGCGCUUGUUCCUUGCUACCUCAAGAGCAAGUACAGACCGCGCGGGGAGUUCCUGAACGCCAAGGUUGCCUUCUGCGUGCACAACGUUCUUUAUCAGGGCCGUUUUGCUGCGGCGGACUUCGACCUCCUCAACCUCGGGGAGGAGCUGAGGCCCUCCUUCAGCUUUCUUGACGGAUACAAGAAGCCUGUCGUUGGACCCAAGAUCAACUGGAUGAAGGCAGGCUUCGAGGAGGCAGAUAUGCUGCUCACCGUAAGCCCUAACUAUGCCAAGGAGUUGGUUUCUGGGGAAGACAAGGGCAUGGAGCUCAAUUACGUGGUGGAGAGGAGGGGUAUUCUCGGCAUCGUGAACGGGAUGGACGUGCAAGAGUGGGACCCCGCGUCCGACAGGUACCUUGAAGUCAAUUACGACGUUUCCRACGUUCUGGAAGUCAAGCCUGGACUGAAGGAGCUUCUCCAGGGUGAGGUGGGGCUACCUGUUCGUCCGGACGUGCCGCUGCUCGCCUUCAUCGGCAGACUAGAGGAACAGAAGGGCUCGGAUGUGCUGUGCGCGGCUCUUCCCAAGCUGAUGCAGGGGGAGAACGAGCUGCAGAUGGUCGGGGGUCGAGGCGACCCGGUCAAGGAGGAGGAGGAGAAGGAGAAGGAGGAGAAGGCGGAGGAGGAGGAGGAGGAGGAGGAGAAGGAGGAGGAAGAUGAGGAAGACGAGGAGGAAGAAGACGAGGAGGAAGAAGACGAGGAGGAAAAAGACGAGGAGGAAGAAGACGACAAGAAAGAAGAGGACGAGGAAAAAGAGGACGAGGAGGAGGGAGGAGAGCACGACGACGAUGAAGAGGGGGUGGGCAAGGAGGAGGAGGAAGAGAAGCAAGACGAGGAGUAAAGGACCGGCGCCGACGAGAAUAGAGGAGAGCAUAACCACGAUGAAGAAGAGGAGGAAGAGGAAAAAUAAAAAGUAGAAGACGAG